CCGAUACUUCCGGCCCGCAACGUCGAGCUUAGAUGCUGCUGAUGGAUAGGAAUGGAUGACAUUUUCAACUAUAAGAGGUCGGAUGAAGAAGAUUUUUAUAACAUUUUAGGAUGCGAUGAGCGUUCAACGACUGAACAGAUAAUUGCAGAGUAUAAAGCAAGGGUACUUGCAGUGCAUCCUGAUAAAAAUCCAACCAGUCCAGCUGCAGUUGAAAAAUUCCAUUUACUACAGAAGGCACGUGAUGUUUUGACUGACGAUGAAAGUCGGAAGUUUUACGAUAUGUGGAGGAAUAGUGGACUUGCAGUAUCUUAUAAACAGUGGAUUACAAUGAAGAAAUCUGUUCGUUUGUCAAUGCACUGGGCAGUGAAGACAAACUCACAACCAAUGCUGGAAGACAGAAUGCAACCAGAGGGUGCUUCUGUAUCCAUGGAUACCAGUCUGCGGGAUGAUAAUGCAAGUCGAUCAAAUCCUGAUAGAUUUUCAUGGAGUGGACCGUCCAGUGCAUUUAGUUCAUAUCGAGGUACUUCUGGUGUAGAACACUGGAACAAUGAACCACCGAGUGAAACACUGCGGAAAUUCCGAAAUUAUGAAAUCUGAGUGAGAAAGUUGCUCUUUGCCCUUCUACAAUAAUUAUGUGUCUUCUGCAACUGUUAAUUUUGCAUGCCUAUCACCCUGGGCAAAUUCUUGUGCCGUAUCCUGGUUUGCCUCUAGAGGGCAGUCAUCAGCUAAAAAUAAUACCCUGUGCAAAGUCUUGUUUUAUCCUGGUUUGUUUCUAGAACAGUCAUCAGUUAAAAAAAUAUUACCAAGCUAUUUCUUGUGUUGUAUCCUGGUUUCCCUCUAGAGGGCAGUCGUCAAAAAAAAAUUAAUUGUCACCAGUUGUGAUGUGUAUACAUGUUAUUUAUUGUUGUCUUCCCAUUUUAAUAAUUCAGUAAGUUCAUGAACUCAAAGUGAUCAGAUUCGUGGAGAGCUGCAUUAUGCUUUACACUUUAUGACAUGACUACUUUUUUUGAAAUUUAAACAUACGUCUCAAAUACAGCGUUUUCAUCUCCAAAGUCAAAGACGACCGCACCAAACUAUUCAUGCGAUUCGUCAUUCGCUACUGUUGUCAAAUAAUCUUGAUAUCUGC